AUGCUGUCGCCGGUAUCCCAACUGACUUCGCACCGCAUUCUCACUACCGGCGCCAUUCUUGCAGUGAUCUUCAUCAUACUUCUCACGCUCUAUAAUCCUCGAGAUGCCACAGCAGCCUCAAAUGGCUCGCUCGUACAACUUUCUGGUGACAAGCCCACAUCCGAUGCUACCAUAUCUACACCUGGGAACGAGCAAGAAACAGGAAAGAUUACUGCGGACAAUGGCUCUCCAUCUGCAAUAGCCGAGACCUCAGCAGUCAAUGUCGCCAUGUCCUCUGCUCCGGCAGUACCGAACGAGCCCAGAAGAGCGUUCGUUGCUUUCCUCGAGGCCCACACUGGCACGAACCGCGGCGACGAAGCACAAGGAAUGACCACGGAUGAUGAGGACGAUUAUUUCGUGGCCACGCGCGUUCUCGGCUAUCAACUUAUGCAUCAGCCUGAGACUCGAUCAAACACAUCCAUCCCAUUCAUCGUCGUCGCCUCCAGUGAAGUUUCCCAAUCAAAGCGCGCAAGACUUGAAAAGGAUGGUGCAAAAGUUGUGGUGGUGGACGGCAUUAGCGAUCCGGAAUGGCUUGACACAAAACGACAAUACCAGGGCAUAAUGACAAAACUGCGAGUCUUUCAGCAGACCGAAUACGAGAAGAUGCUAUACAUGGACGCAGACAUGUUCAUCACGCGGCGCCUGGACGCGAUUUUUGAGGACGAAGGCACAAGAAUUCAGCGACCGAAGAAGGAAGUGGACAACAAGAAAGAGGCAGCGCCGCUGCCCUCUUCCUUCAUGUUAGCAGGGCAAGCCCAGCAAACCGACCGUGUGCACAAAUACCCGCCCGACCCUUCGCUCGAAUGGAUGUGCUCCGGUUUCAUGGUCUUCAAGCCUUCGCAGGAAAUCUUUGAAUACUACACCUCUAUCAUGGAACGAGAGAACUCUUUCGACCCUAACUUCCCGGAUCAGAAUUUGCUGAAUUAUGCACAUCGGUGGGACGGGCCUAUGCCGUGGACGAAUGUGUAUUACAAGUGGACCUCGACGUAUCCGUCGAUCAAGGAGUAUGCGAUGGGCGCUGCGGCGUUGCAUGAAAAGUAUUGGAUGGACUACAAUAGGGUUGAGGCGGAGGGGCAGAACAUCAUUGGGGAUAUGUGGUUGAAGGUGCAUAGCGACAUGGAGGCCUUCUACAGAGAUAACAAUGGGUGA